AUGGGGCGCAGAGCCAGAGCCGGGCUAAAAGCCAGCGCAGAAGACCUUGCCAGAGAUGCCCUCCAGUCGAACAGCAUUUCCGAGCACCUCGUGCAAGAGGUUGUGAGCCUCAUGCAGAUCCCACCUGGCAAGCGCUUUAAGACUACAUCCGCCAAGGGAAUGGUUUUGGGCUUGUAUGUUUGGGGCGACAAGGUCGACAUCUCCACUGCCACGCGAAAGUUUCCCUUUUGCACGAAGCUCUUCGCAAGGUAUGCUCAGCAAGAGAGGCCUGCCUUCCCUUUCACCAGCGUACAGUUAAACAUAAACCUACGCAGCCCGCCACACGUGGACGGCGGAAAUUUGGGGAGCAGCCUCAUCACUGGCGUCGGUGAUUAUGCCGGUGGCGAGGUCUUCGUUGAGAACGCCGGUGGCAACAGCAAGUUUCGCGUCCCGCACGACGUCAGAGGAAGCCACUACAAAAAGGACAUGGUCGUGCAGGGCUUCGACGUACAGGUUAAAGGAAGGUGGUUUGAGUUCGAUGGGAACAAGCUGCAUGCUACAAGACCUUUCACAGGUGACCGAUGCACGUUGGUGUUCUUCACGUGCAGCAAAUACGAACUGGCAUCCCCGUCGGUGCGCAUGGCCUUGGGCAAGGCUGGCUUUUCUUUUCUGUGGAGCAACCCCUUGCUCAAACAGAUCAACACUCUGCCAAUGACUCAGCAAGCGACCGACAACGUUGCCAAGACUAUCGCUCACACGCUUGAGACAACUUGGGACUUGUUCAAUGUCGACUCCAGCAAUGUCGGCGGUGCCAAGGAGUUCGAGAAGAAAUUCAGCGUCCUUAAGCGAAAGGCAAAAGCUCUUCCCGAAGACUUCGCCGUGCAGCUCAAAGUCUUUUUGAAGCAAACCCACAAGCACUUCGAACCCCAGUCUCCAGGUGGUUGGCGACGAUUCCUGCUCCCGGUGCUUGUGCUCCUGGGCGAGGAUCAACGCAAGGUGGGACCUUACCAGAAGAACUUGGCCAAGACUUUCGCAAUGAUGCCCGUCCGUAAGGCGCAGAAGGAGGCAGAGAUGCUCGCCGCAAGCUGCGUGAGUGGGGCUACCAGGUCUCGGAAGUCCUUGCAGGAUUGGACUGGCCGGGAAGUGGACGAGAAGAAAAAGCCCGGAGCCAAAAGAUCGAUGAUGACGAACAGCACUUCAACAAAAGGGAAGAAAUCAGGGCUUUCGAAAGGCACCACCGCUGCCGAGAAGCUUGCAAAGAGAACAGGCAAACGUCGCGGCCGUCCACCAACAAAGCUGACAAAAAAGCAGCUGCAGAAGCUCACGCCCAUCACUCGCAAGCAGUGCUUGAGGAGGCAGCCCGAAGGCUGCAGCCGUUGCCGGUCGGUGCCCGGCUGCUGUCCCAGCUGCUGGCAGAGGCGGGGGUACCACGUGACGGACUAG